AUGGCAUUAGCGAAGGUAUAUAGAAGUUUCCAUGGUGAGAGAGAAUAUCAAGAACUCCCUGUUCCGUGUUUGGGCUCCGGCAAUUUUGCAGAGGUUAAAAGUGCACGGACAAUCAGUACAGGUGCGCCUGUGGCGAUCAAGGUCAUUAUCUUCGGGCACACUCAUGAUGUAAUUGUCCGUGAGUACAAUCUUCUAGCUGCCCUGGGAAAUGCUGGUGGUCAUCCCAACGUUAUUGAACUGGUCGACGCUGCAUACGAAAUCAAUGACUUGCAGAAGCGGCUGGUUCUCGUUCUGCCUAAAUGUGACACUGUCAUCUCACGAUGGAUUGCUCUAGGACACAGAAAGGCAACAAUUCUCGUCCGUACAGAGCUGACCCGGCAGAUGUACGCUGGUCUUGAAUUUCUCCACCUUUGUAGCCUGUUUCAUCGAGAUCUGCACCAGGGAAAUAUUCUGGUCCACGGACAGUCUGGUCAGAUCAAAAUCGCCGAUUUUGGAGCAUCUUGUAUCGGUUCUCCCAAGGUAGAAGACGCUGAGUUGCGUCAAGACCUUUGGGCAAUUACCAGACAGGCAUGCCUCAGUGUUUGGGACGGCAAAGAAAACAUCGAAUACCUCAAGAACCCAGCUGCGCGAAAAUUCUGCGUGCAGAAAGGUGUUCCGAACGAGUUAAUUGAAAAGGCUGAGGGCAUCAUCAAGUCGCGGCCUAGGCAUCUGUGUCGAGAUUUGACUGAAUAUCCACUUAAAACGUGGGAUGAGGUGCUAAUUGAUAGCCCCGGUAUUGCAAUGGCCAUCCAGCAGAUAAUGGUUUGGAAAUGGAACCAUCCGCCACCACGAAUAGGUAUUCCAGUACCGGAAAACCUUCAUCAUGCAUUUCUUCUUGGCUCCUUGAUUGGGCCACGCCACAUGCUAACGGCCAGUGUAGUUCUGGGAUUGGUUAGUCAAGCUAUCGCGAAAUCCGGGCAAGAGCAGGCGCAAGACAUUAUUCGCCAGAUUACUUUAGAUAUGCACUGA